UCGGCCCGGGAGCUGUGCGCACAGGGGUGUCAGUUAUGGAGCUGUAGGAGCGCUGCGGAGCUCUCGCCCUUCCCAAGACUGAUCACAUUCACUCUGCUGUAGACUCACAGAGAGCGAUCGCACGGGGCCAGCGCCACCCCGACCGAUUUACGCUGGAUUUAACGGCGCGCCACGGAACUUUGGAGCGGCUUUUCUGGACGCGGAGUUAAGAGUGUAAUGAAACGAGAAGACAUAUUUACACUUUAAAUACCGGAGAGGGUCGUGGAAGCGAUCUGUAAGGCGCUUCAGAAGCUUUUGAAGGAACCGGAGCGCGCAACAUUUCCACGCGCGUUUGGACCGAUCCGCAUCUGUCUUUACGCGUGCUCUCUGCUGUUUCUGACUCGCUUCUGCUGUUUUUUAGUCCCGUUAAGGAUAGAAAUCAAAAGCUGGUAUAAGGCAUGGUAUAACCCACGGGCUGACAGACACUAGUUCAAUCCUUACUGGUGCGCGUGGAUCUCAUUCCUCAUCCAGAAAGACACCAUGAGCCCAGCGAAUACUCAUCUGACAUUUCAGCUGGAUCUGAGCGGCUACUGAGAGUUCCUACAUACUCCAAAUACUAAAAGAGGAGAAACUUGUCCAGUGUUUGAGAACUGAGGUGUGGAGUGGAUGUGGACUAUGACAGAAUGAGUCCUCUAACACACCUUUUACUCUGUGGAUUAGUAUACUUUAACCAAGUGGAUGGAUCCCGUCUACGGCAGGAAGAUUCUCCACCUCGGAUCGUAGAACACCCCUCCGAUCUGAUUGUUUCCAAGGGCGAACCAGCCACCCUAAACUGCAAGGCGGAGGGGCGGCCCACCCCUACCGUAGAGUGGUACAAGGAUGGAGAACGAGUUGAAACCGAUAAAGAUGACCCUCGAUCACACCGCAUGCUCCUGCCCAGCGGCUCGCUCUUCUUCCUGCGUAUCGUACAUGGCCGUCGAAGCAAACCUGACGAGGGGGCGUAUGUUUGUGUGGCACGCAAUUACUUGGGGGAAGCAGUCAGUCGAAACGCCUCACUGGAAGUAGCAUUGUUACGUGAUGAUUUCAGACAGAACCCUACGGAUGUGGUGGUGGCUGCAGGAGAGCCGGCCAUCCUGGAGUGCGUUCCCCCUCGUGGACACCCGGAACCCACCAUCUACUGGAAGAAAGACAAAGUGCGAAUCGAUGAGAAGGAUGACAGGAUCAAGAUCCGUGGAGGGAAGCUGAUGAUCUCUAACACGAGAAAAAGUGACGCUGGAAUGUACAUAUGCGUGGGCACCAACAUGGUCGGCGAGAGAGACAGUGAGACGGCCCAGGUCACCGUGUUCGAGAGGCCCACGUUCCUACGACGGCCCAUUAACCAGGUGGUUCUGGAGGAGGAGGCAGUGGAGUUUCGCUGUCAGGUGCAGGGAGACCCGCAGCCUACCAUCCGCUGGAAAAAAGACGAAAUUGAUGUCCCCCGUGGCAGGUAUGAUAUUAAAUAUGAUAAAGACGACUAUGUGCUGAGGAUAAAGAAGGCAGCAGCGAGUGAUGAAGGAACCUUCACCUGUGUAGCUGAGAACAGAGUUGGCAAAACGGAGGCGUCCGCCACCCUCACGGUCAGAGCCGCACCGCAGUUCGUGAUCCGGCCGCGGGAUCAGAUUGUGGCACAGGGACGGACCGCCAGUUUCCCCUGUGAGACCAAAGGAAACCCACAGCCGGCGGUCUUCUGGCAGAAAGAAGGAAGUCAGAACCUCCUGUUUCCAAAUCAACCGCAGCAGCCCAACAGUCGUUUCUCGGUGUCGCCCAGUGGAGAUUUGACCAUCACGGCGGUCCAGCGGGCAGACGCGGGAUACUAUAUCUGCCAGGCCCUGACGGUGGCGGGCAGCAUCCUGGCCAAAGCACAGCUUGAGGUCACAGACGUGCUGACCGAUCGUCCUCCCCCCAUCAUCCGGCAGGGUCCAGCUAACCAGACUCUGGGUGUAGACAGUGUGGCUCUUCUGAGAUGCCAUGCAUCUGGAGAACCGGUCCCAACCAUCAGCUGGCUGAAGGAUGGGGUCAGCCUGCUGGGCAACCCCCCCCCCCCAUUUUUAUAUAAAGAUCAAUGCAUGCUUUUUUCUGUUUUUCAGCUCUCUGAUUCUGGUAUCUAUACUUGUGUGGCAGCAAGUUCUAGUGGGGAAACAUCUUGGAGUGCUUUCUUGGAAGUCAAAGAGUCUGGAAGUCUUGUUGUAGUUAAAGACCGGGAUGAGAACGAGCUCCCAGGUCCUCCUUCCAAACCUCAGGUCACAGACGUCACUAAAAACAGUGUGUCGUUGUCCUGGCAGCCUGGCCUUCCUGGAGCGUCACCCAUCUCAUCAUAUGUUAUUGAGGCUUUCAGCCAAUCGGUGAGCAACAGCUGGCAGACUGUGGCCGAUCAUGUCAAGACCACCCAGUACACCAUUAAGGGUCUUCGCCCCAACACCAUCUACCUGUUCAUGGUGCGAGCAGUCAACGUCCAAGGCCUGAGUGACCCGAGCCCCAUGUCCGAACCCGUCCGCACUCAAGAUAUAAGUCCUCCAGCUCAGGGAGUGGAUCACAGACACGUGCAGAAGGAGUUGGGUGAGGUUAUUGUGCGGCUACACAACCCUGUGGUCCUCAGCCCCACCACCAUACAGGUCACAUGGACGGUAAGGCGCUCUAGCAUUUUUAUCAAAGGGAUUUGAUUGGCUGAACAUGUUGUUAUACACAAAACAUGGUCAGGUCAAAGUAAUUGUGGAGCGUGGCAGAGUCAGGAUGUGAAGGUCCCCUCUGAGAGGAGCAUGGUGCUCUCGGCUCUGAAGAAAGGCAUCGUCUACGAGAUCAAAGUCCGUCCGUACUUCAACGAGUUCCAGGGCAUGGACAGCGAGUCCCGAACGGCAAGGACAACAGAGGAAGCGCCCAGUGCUCCUCCUCAGCAGGUGACGGUCCUCACGGUGGGCAAUCAGAACAGCACAUCCAUCAGUAUCUCCUGGGACCCUCCUCCUGCAGAGCAUCAGAAUGGCAUCAUCCAGGAAUAUAAGAUCUGGUGUUUGGGGAACGAGAGCCGUUUCCAUGUAAAUAAGACGGUGGAUGCAGCCAUCCGCUCAGUGGUGGUGGGGGGUCUCCAGGCAGGGGUCCAGUACCGGGUGGAGGUGGCCGCCAGCACCAGCGCUGGGGUGGGGGUGAAGAGCGAACCACAAACCAUCAUUAUUGGUAAAGACUUCCGGGAUGUGAUCAUGAGCAGGAACAACAGCAUCACAGAGCAGAUCACGGAUGUGGUGAAGCAGCCGGCCUUCAUCGCGGGCAUCGGAGGGGCCUGCUGGGUCAUUCUGAUGGGCUUCAGCAUCUGGCUCUACUGGAGGAGAAAGAAGAGAAAGGGUCUCAGCAAUUACGCAGUUCAGUCGUUCACCUUCACCCCUGCAGUGACGUUCCAGCGUGUUGAUGGAGGCUUGAUGAGCAACGGGAGUCGUCCUGGUCUGCUGAAUGCCAGUGAUUCGGGAUACCCCUGGCUCGCUGACUCCUGGCCGGCCACCAGUCUGACUGUGAACAGCGGUUCUGGAGGACCCAACGACCUCAACAACUUCGGCCGUGGAGACGUGAUGCCCAGCGCCCAGGCCGAUAAGACAGGCACCAUGCUUUCAGACGGAGCCAUUUACAGCAGCAUCGACUUCACUACCAAAGGUGGAUUCGGCAGUCCAAGCCCCGCCUCCCAGGCCACGCCCUACGCCACCACCCAGAUCCUCCAUUCCAACAGCAUUCACGAGCUGGCCGUCGAUCUGCCUGAGGCCCAGUGGAAGACCUCCCUACAGGCCAAGCAGGAAAUGGCCAGGAAAAUUAGCACUAAUGUAUCACUCCUUUUCAUUCCUGACUACCGAUUGGCUGACGGAUUGUGUAAUAGAAUGCUGCACAACCAAUCACAGGAUUUCAGCACCACCAGCUCCCACAACAGCUCAGAUCGGAGCAACAGUCUGUCAGGUGGGAAAGGCGGAAAGAAGAAGAAGACCAAAACAAACGCCAAGCCCACCAAGAUGAAUGGCUCCAACUGGGCUAAUGUUCCACUCCCUCCCCCUCCUAUCCACCCUCUUCCAGGCACAGAGAUGGACCACUAUGCCUCAGAGCACCAUGACGGAGGAGGAUAUGAUAGUGAUGGUUGGGGCCCACCCUUGCCCGUGCAGACGUACCUCCAUCAGGGUUUAGAGGAUGAGCUGGAGGAAGAGGAAGAACGGGUGCCCACUCCUCCCAUAAGGGGUGUGGCCUCCUCCCCUGCAGCAGUUUCCUUUGGCAAGCAGUCCACAGCCACACUGAGCCCAUCCCCACGUGAAGAAAUACAGCCCAUGCUCCAAGCCCACUUAGAUGAGUUAACCCGUGCUUACCAGUUGGACAUGGCUAAACAGACUUGGCACAUGCAGGGUGGGCCUUACCCGCCCCUGGCCCCUGCACCGCCCGUGGGUUAUAUCUCCAGCACCCUAGUGUCUGAUAUUGAGACAGACCUUCCUGACGAAGAUGACGAUGAAGAGGACGAAGGAUAUGAGAUGUCGCCGCCAAUUAGGGGCAUCGAACACACGCCAGGCUCCAGCAUGGACAACUUGGACAGCUCUGUUACGGAUAAAGGUCUACCUCAUAGACCUCGUCCCGCUAGCCCAUUCUCCACAGAUGGAAGCACGGUGGGCACACACAGCCUGGGUCACCAGCGGGCGGCAAGGCCCACCCGCAAACACAAAGGCCCUGGCGCUGCCCCGCACCGCCGCGAUGCCAACGCUGAUGAUCUGCCUCCACCACCAGAUCCUCCACCCUGCCAGACAGCUCGUGUCCAGGGGGUGAGGAACAUGCCCAACCCCUCUGACCGCAAGGCUUCGUCCUUGGAGAGGCAACCCAUGAUGGGCCUGGAGGAGAUAAAGAUUUCCUUGGACCGGCAGGCCCGAACCUCACUGGAGCGCCACCAACAAGCCCUGGAAAGACUGGGAUCCAUAGAGAGAGGAGAGGAGAGCAGAAGAGGACAGAAAAACGGUCCUGUUUCAGAAGAGGCCAUAUUGCCAUACAACAAACCGUCAUUCCCAUCUCCCGGGGGCCACAGCUCUUCUGGGACGGCCUCCUCUAAAGGGUCAACAGGUCCUCGUAAAGGUGAAGGGACAAGGGGACAGCACCAGUGCUCCACCACGGAGCAGGGCGAAAGCAGCUACAUGGGGAUCAACGCGCAGUACUCUGGAGAGUUAUAGUGAGCCUUUUUGUUGGAAACUGAAGAAUGCCUUUAUCUGUUCUGGAAAUGCCUCACCUGCUUGGUGCAAUGGACUCGUGAAGUGUCAGAAGGAAGAAGGGAAAAAAAGAGAAAAAAAAUAUGAAAAGGACAAACUGUAAAUGUGAUGUAAACAUGGACAUGCAACCCACAAGAUCCGCAACAUCCCCCACCUUCCUCCUUAAACUAUUCAUUCACAGAAAAAAGAAAAAUGUUGAGGACAAAAAA